AUGCUUUACUCGACUAUCUACUUGGUAAUCGCGCUCUUCAGCGCCCUAGCCGUUUUCGCACAAGAUACAACGAUUGGUACGACGGGUACGGUGAUGAGUCCUAUAUCGACCUCACUGAGCCCAAUGACAACUUCAAUCAACGGAACAAACACUGCAAUAAUUGCAACUAAUGCCUCGAUGAGCGCAACAAACGCUUCUAUCACCGCAUCGCAGGGUACUGGUUCUGUUGGCACCACGACCCUCCCUUCAGAAACGAUGCUCGUCGGAACGAGGACUGUAACCGAAGUCCAUACACCGAGUAGCUCAAAGCCUACGGGCAAGAGCGUGGCGAAUGCGCAUGAUGUUCCAUACGCUGCUAUUCUUGGCAUUGGUGGUGUAGUGCUACACGCGUUGUUGUAA